AUGGAAAAAAUAGAUAUUAUUGUUGAUAACGUUCUGUGUGAUCCCGCAUUUAUCGAAGAGGGCUGUCAUAACGAAGAGCUGAGACAGUUGAUCGUGGAAGAUUGGCAGUUGGAUGAAGCUAUCUACGCUAUUCUUAUCGCCCACGGAAUAACAAUCAAUUAUUCAAAAAAUUGUGACCUUACAACUUUGAACGACAUAUUCAAUGUGGCAAAAUGGACUGGUCAUAAACAUGCCUUGCGCCACAAGCUCCAACUUUGGCCUUCCAGCCUGAUAUUUCGGAAACAAAUUGGAGCUGUUUCUGCCGUCGACGAGGAUGAAUGUGGUCUAUCGGGAACAGUAUCAUCCGACAGCAAUCAAUUUGUGUUCGAAGAUAUAAUGCGAAGAAAUGAGAAAGCGAAAAUCGUCCAACAAUAUUUCUAUUCUCAUAAGGCUUUAGACGACAAAAAUCGACGAAGUUUGGUUCACGUCAUGGUGGACUACUUUAUAGCAAAUAAGAAGUACUUCAGCCUGUCCGAAAUGAAAAUAUUCUCGAAGAUGGUUUCGAGACGAUUCCCCUCUGAGAUUGCGGAAAUUUAUUUUAAUCCCAGGGAUACGAAGGCUGGGAAAAAAUAUCCCUCUGGGUUAUUUUAUGACCGGUUCCACAAUCGCAACAAAUCUAAAAUAAUUAAGAAGCCCAAACUGGAGGAUCCCUUUGAUGUAUAUAUCACAUCGGUUGCAUCAUUAACAUCGGAAGACGAAUUAACCUCGCUUAAAAACUGGUUGCGCAACAACUCCGGGCCCGAUGAUCUAGUGUUGGAACACUGGAGAAGAUCGACCCUUCUACGCGUGAGAACGAUUAAAGAAGAUCGUGUCAACGUUUUUUUUGAGUGGCCUAGACUCAAGGAUAUAAACGGAUAUAUGUUGGGAAGUAAUCCAAGUAUCGAUAUCGAUUUCGAGAAACUUUUCGGUGAAAAAACGCUGCUUUUUGAUCGCUGGGGUGCGUUUGUCGCGAACUUCCGGGAGUUCAUCAAAACGGUUGAGGUCCGUGAUAGGUCAACACUACAAUAUAUUGACCAGCUCGAAAAAGAGGACAACCCUGAAGAUUUCGGCAAUGUGCUUGUUGCGGCUAUUUUCCAAGGCGUUGUGAAACCAACACGCAACUCACUGCACAAAUUGCCUACAAUUUUGCAGGCCCAGCUGGAUUUGUAUUGUUUAUGCAACACCCAAGACGAUCUUUCGAAUGCUGUAAGCGAUUGGAUGCAAAAUUCAGCAGACCACGGAGUAGCCAGUUUUGCACGAAUCUUCAUCUAUGCAGAUGAAAAAAAUUUGAAAGAAUUUCGAGUCACUACCGAAGGAGUCAGUUACCACGUGCCAACGUUUCUGAAAAGUAUAGACGUUAUUAUUAAGCUGAAAUUCCUUCUAAAGGUACAGUUUGCUGGAAGUUGCGAAUUGUUUUGGGUUUUCGUUGCCCAUUAUUUUUAUGGUUUUACCAAUUUCUCGCCUAAAUUAAGCAAUAGUAGGUUACUGCAGCUGUUGGCAUUCCUGGAAGAACGGUCCCAGUAA